AAAAUGAUGGGCGAUGGAGAGAUGGGCUACGGUGAUUAUUACACCUACGACAACAACUGGUCUAUCAUACCUUCAGAUUAUGGCGCUGAUCCGAACUGCCCCUACAGACAACCGCAGCCAGAAGAAGACUAUCGUUAUGGUACUUACGCGUUACUAGACAGUAUGAAGAUGCCUGGUCAGCGGCCAGGGUUUCAGAUUUCCGAUAUUUUGGGGCUAAACGAAGCUAAAGGGUUAGAAGCACCAGCGCAGAGCAGCUUGAAUUCCCUAGAGCUGCCUCCGUAUGCGCCGCCGCAGCACUACUCCCAUGAACUCUUGAGACAUCACCAACCUUGGUUGUCCAUAGAUCAACACGAUGGUACCAGUGUUAUUGGUCAACAAGCUAGUCCCGACAGCACAUCGCGUGCAUCUGAGUUGUCGUAUGUGGGGCCGGCAGCGGUAUCUCCGACCGUUAACGAUGGCCGCCACGAACAAGACCACGAUCUCGACCACGACCAUGACCACAGCUUAGAGCACGACGACGACAACGAUCACGAUCAACCACCUAACUCAGUCUCUCACAAGAAACGGAAGCGUCGCGUUUUGUUCUCCAAGGCCCAAACGUAUGAAUUAGAAAGGCGGUUCAGACAACAGCGAUAUUUAUCGGCUCCAGAAAGGGAACAUCUAGCGAGCUUAAUACGUUUGACGCCAACGCAAGUGAAAAUUUGGUUCCAAAACCACAGGUACAAAACAAAACGUGCCGUUCAAGAAAAGGGUGCUCAUGAUUUAAACGUCGGUGGUUUGAAUUCCCCGAGACGUGUGGCGGUACCGGUACUGGUAAAGGACGGUAGACCUUGCAUUGGAAAGCCCGACGGGCUCCCUCCGCUUGGCAUGUCCCUUCCACCAUAUCAGCCAAUGCACCACCAGCCCCCGGUCACAGGGCACGCUCCUCAGCCUAGUGGGUGUUGGUGGUGA